AUGUCUGAUAAACUAGUUAUAAACAGCUUAGAAAAACUAUAUUUGUUGCGAUUUUUAGUUCCAGGCAUGAAUAAAAUAGCUAUCUAAUUAAAUAAGAGUAUUAUAGAUAGCUCAGAUGUAAAGAAAAUUAGAAACAAUCUCAAAUAUUGUACUUCAGUUCAAGAUUUCGAAAUCUGUUUAUAUGACAAUAAUAUCAUUCCAGAUAGAGCGAAGUUUUUAUCAGAUGGCAUCAAGUCUCUAACAAACGCUAAAAAUUUAGUUUUAUAUUUAUCAGAUAACUAAUGUAUUGGAAGUGAAGGGAUAGAAUACAUAGGCUAGUCCCUAAAGAGUUUGAAUUAGCUUGUUUCACUUGAGUUGAUUUUAGAGCAUAAUUAAAUUGGUUGCAUCGGAGUUGAAAAGCUUUCUCAAAAUUUGAAAUUCUGCACUUCUUUACAAAAGCUUGAAUUAUCUCUUUAUGAAAAUUAAAUUUCAGAUCAAGGAGUUCUCAGUUUAAGUCAAGCUAUUGAAAAUAACACUAAUAUGAAUCAUUUGAAACUCUAUUUAGGGAAGAAUUAAAUUGGCUUCAUUGGUUCUAAUAGUAUUACAGCAGCAAUAUCUAAAUGUUAAAACUUGGAAAAACUGGAGCUUUCGAUAUAUGAGAAUAAUAUUGGGGAUGAUGGAGCUUCAGCAAUAGGAAAAAAUUUAAGUAAAUGCAAUUAUUUAAAGUAGCUCAAAAUCUACUUGGGUACGAAUUAAAUUAGUUCAAAAGGAGCUUGUGAUGCUGCCUAAAUAAUCAAGAAUUGUGAUAAAAUAUAUAAUCUUAAGUUUUACAUAGGAAUAAAUAAAAUUGGUUCAACAGGUGCACAAGCGUUUGGAGAAUCUCUCAAAGAUCAUCCCAGCUUGGAAAAAAUUAAAAUCUAUUUAGGAGAUAACAAUAUUUAAGAUUAGGGAAUAGUAGGUUUUUCUCAAUAUUUGUCUACACUAAAGAAAAUUAAUACUCUUAAGCUUCUAUUACAGAAUAAUUAGAUAACGCAUUCUGGAGUAGUUGGGUUCUCUUAAAAUGUGAGUAAGUGCUAAAAAAUUGAAAAUUAUGAGUUCAUGCUAGAAGGAUGUAUUAUAAAUCUUGAAAGUGCACAGUAAUUUGGUUAUGCUAUACAAAAUAGCUAAGAUCUUAAGUAGCUUUGGUUAGAUUUAAGAAAAACAAGGUUGAAUAAUGAAUCAUUUAGUGAAUUAGUUAAUCAGCUAGGAAAUUGUUCGAAAAUGGAACACUUAACUUUAUCACUCAUGAAAAAUAAAAUAGGAGAUGAAAGCAUUCAAAUUUUUGGGUAAAAUCUGGUAAAAAUGACUAAUUUACUACAUUUGAAGCUAUCUCUUUUCGAAAACAGACUCAGUGGUGAAGGUUUUAUAAGCUUGGUUAAUAGCUUGAUUAAAUGCAAGCAAAUGAUAUCUUUAGAUUUAGACCUCGAGGACAACGAUGUUGAAAAUAUAGAACAAAUUGAUAAGAUAUAGAGGAAAUUACUAAGAUUAGUUUAUUUGUAUAUAUCAAUCUGA